AUGGGUCGUAGAAGAAUCGAAAUCAAGAAGAUACCUAAUGAAAGCGCCAGAAGAACGACCUUUAAGAAGAGGAAAGAAGGACUUUUCAAGAAGGCGUAUGAGCUGUCUAUUCUCACAGGCUGUAGGGUAUCCCUUUCCAUCAUCGAAAGCGAGAAGGGCGCUGAAUAUGUCUUCGAUCCGGCAGAGCCACAGCCGUAUAAGGAUACAAAUGCGGCCACUGAAUCCAGAAAUAAGAGCCAAGAGCCCGUUUUGCCGGUAAAAGAAGUGAUUUCGACAGCUUUGACGCUACCAGAAGCAAGCUCCUCAUCAGUUACGGCGAUCGAGCCUAGCAAGAGCACCAGGAUUGGCACGCCUGACGUACAAUCUUGCGAUACGUUGCCGUGGAGCUUCGACAGCAGUAUGGACUUGAUGCCUUUCACGGACUGCACGGGCAUAUCAGCUUGGGAAGAAACGUUGAUGAAAGAUUGUCUCGACUUUGCUGGUCCACCGCACAGCAUGCUCGCACCACACAAACCCGAUCCAAAUGCCAUCCUUUUUGUGAUGGAAGAAGAAAUAGAGGAUAACACGUCAGGCAUCGAAUCAGCUAGCCAUUUCUGGGCUGAUCCAUGGUCAGCCCAAAGCAAAGGUGCCAUCCGGUGGAUACGCCUCAAUACGAUAAUGUGA